UCGUUCCCCUGGGCAGUGGCAGUGAUGGGUUGGGUGCUGCCAGGGGACGUGGUGCGGCCGUUCAUGGGGCUGGCAGCGCAUGCCACGGCACCCCCUCUGCUUCUUCACUCUCCAGCCCGUGCGCACCUCAUGCCGUGUGUCCUCACGUGUGCUGCAUUGCUUCAGCCGCCUGGCUGCUGGGUGCUCGUUCCCCCUACCCUCACCCCUUCCCCCGUGCUGCUGCUCCCUGUGCGUGCGUGGCAGUGCACGUUGAUGCGUGACCCGGUGACGCUGCCAUCGGGCAACGUGGUGGACCGCCCUGUCAUCCUCACACACCUGCUCAACCACCCGCCCAGAGUAACCCUAGGAAAUGGCAGGCACGUGGCGAGAAGAAGGGAGUUGGGUGGCCCUCUUGCCGUGCACGCGCUCCUCCCUCCUGCGCCCACAGCUGCUCGCCCACCCGCUCCUCCCUUUCCUCCUGCAUGGAGUGAGGGAGGGGCGCGUUGCAUGGUUGAGGUGCGUGGUGCAUGGGGUGAGGGGCACUCCACCUGCAAUCCUGCCGGCGCGCACUCACCAUCCAUCCACGUACACCCGCUUCCCCUCUCUCUUUCCUCCCGUCCUCCCGCCCACCCCCUACCCCUGUCCCCCACACCACCCUGCUUGACCUCCCUGCUCCCCUUCCUCGUGCGCCUCUGCCUCUCCCCCUCCCCCUUUCCCCUGCAGGCGCGGCGUGCUGCUGCUAGAGGCGCUGGUGUUGCCCCUGCAUCGUGCGCCCCGCCUCGCCCUCUGCCACCUCGUCACAUGCUCGCACGCCUCCCCAUCCGCCACCCACCAUUCUUCCUCUCCUUUCCUCGUCCUUCCUUCGCACCUCCGCGCCCCUCCCCCUCGCACGUCCGCACUGCUGCUGCUGCUGGUGGUGGUGGCGAAGGUGGUGGGGAUGGCGGCGGUGGCAGUGGCACGGUGGUGCGGCGAAGGAAGAGGAGAGGCGUGAGGCGCCGUGGCGUAACGAGGAGGCCUUUCGUGUUCUGCUCUGCGCGCUGUGAUCUGCCUGUGCAUGUCCUUGCUGAGCAGGCAUGUUGGGAGCUUGGACCAUGGCUGGGGUGGGCAGGCAGGCGGGCCGCCAAGGCUGGGAGCAUGGGCACAGGGACAGGAGUGAGUGGAGGCGACAUGCUCACCUGUCGCCACGGCGAGGCCAGCCAAUGUGUGAAGCUGCGAUGGGGCAUGCGAGUGGGUGCGAGUGGGUGCGAUGGGGCAUGCGAGUGGGUGCGAUGGGGCAUGCGAGUGGGUGCGAGUGGGUGCGAUGGGGCAUGCGAGUGGGUGCGGGUGGGUGAGAGCGUGCUGGUCGCGGACGAGGCCAUGAGUGUGAAGACCUGCCCGCUCUCCCCCCUCUCAUCUCUCACGCCACCGCCCUCCACCAACGCCCCCCAUUCCAUUCUGCCUGGUACCUUGUGCUGCACUGCUGCCGCCACCCACACGCCCACGUCCCCCUGCUGUGGCGUCACCACAACACGACGCACGCGCAAGGCACUUGCGCACAAGGCGCUCUCCCCCCCCCCCUCCACCCAAUCAUCAUCUUUCCUCCACCAACGCUACUCUGCUCGCACACCCGCUCCGCCCGCAAGCCUUUCCCGCGUGGCUCGCUGCACCGGUGUGCUCCGCGCACGCCAUGGGGAUGACACACACGCAAGGGGAGUGUGGCUUAGCGACGGUGAGUGGCGCGCGCUGCAUGGGGUGAGGGGCACGCUGCAUGGGGUGAGGGGCACGCUGCAUGGGGUGAGGGGCACGCUGCAUGGGGUGAGGGGCACGCUGCAUGGGGUGAGGGGCACACUGCAUGGGGUGAGGGGCACGCUGCAUGGGGUGAGCGGCACGCUGCAUGGGGUGAGCGGGGCGGUGCAUGGGGUGAGCGGGGCGGUGCAUGGGGUGAGCGGGGCGGUGCAUGGGGUGAGCGGGGCGGUGCAUGGGGUGAGCGGGGCGGUGCAUGGGGUGAGCGGGGCGGUGCAUGGGGGCAUGGUGCAUGGGUGUUCCUUACGGGGGGUUGGGUGCUUGGAGCCGAAGGGGCGCUCCGCCUGCACAUCUCGCCCGCUUGCAUCCACCUUCCCAUCCACGCACACCCUCCUCCCCGCUCUCUUUCCUCCCGCCCACCCCCCUACCCCAGUCCCUCACACCACUCUGCGCACGGCUCUGCUAGAGGUGCUGGUGAAGGCCAUGCUCCGCGUGCGGAUGCCACUGCCCACACUCGCCACUCUCGUGCGCUACUUGGCUCUUGGCAUCAUGCGCCCCGCCCCGGCUGGGGCUGAGCGAGGAGGUGCAGGCGAUGGCGGGAGUGACACGGCACGUGUCCAUUCAUGCCACUUCAUUUAUCCUCCUCCUCCGCUGUCCCACCUCCUAUCCUUUCCCACCUCCUCGUCUCGCACUUGUCUUGUAACUCACCUUUCUGACUUCUUCCCUGCGUGCCCCCUUCCCCGCGUGCCCCCUUCCCCGUGUGCCCCCUUAACUGCGUGCCCCCUUUCCCUGCGCCCCCCUUUCCAUGCACCCCCCUUUCCAUGCACCCCCCUUUCCCUGCGCCCUCCCCCCAGGAGGCAAGCUGCCCAAGGGAGUGCUGCUGGUGGGAGCUCCCCCCGGGACUCGGGCAAGGCGAUGCUGGCGCGGGCGAUAGCGGGCGAGGCGGCGGGGGUGCCCUUCGUCGGCGCGCCUCAGGAGGCGGCGCCCUGCAUCGUGUUUCCGGCUGGGCGAUAUAGACGCCACGUCAUAGGCGGCAGUCGCAACGCACUUCCAAGGAGGGCCAGCAGUGCAUUGCACUUCCAAGGGGAUGACGCGGGGCUCAAUCAGCUGCUGGUGGAGCUGGGCUGGGCGUGCUUGUGCUUGCCACGUGGGCAGGUGUUGGGGCUGGCAGGGCAACUGCCGCAGCAUCCCUGCCAUGGGAGUGUGCUGCAUAGCGGCGGGGUGCAAGGCGGUGCAGGAGGUGCGGUGGUGCGCUCCACGGUCCACCUCUCCUACACCAAGGCAAGCCAACCCACUCGCCUCGCCCCCAACCCAUCGCCCACACUCCCUCCCUUCCUUGCUUCCAUAUUCCCUCUCACGCAAUGUGCCCAAUUCUUUCCCCUCCAAUCCCUUAAUCUUUCCUACUCUCCCCUCCUCUCCCCGUCUCCCGCUGACGUUAUCUCCCACCCCCCCCCACUGUCUUGGCUGGCUGGCAGGUGA